AUGAGGAGGUAUUCUGUCUUGAUUUGGCUCACCAGCUUUAUUUAUUUGUUGAGUGCCCUGGAAAUACCUCAUCCAGUGGUGAAGGUUAAGGGUAGUGAGGUUUCCAUAAUGGUACCAGGGGAAAUUAAAGGCAUAGAUUCGAUUUUCUUUCAAGUGGAAUUGGUAAAUGAGGAGUGCGAUGCGAAUGCUUAUGCCUAUAGAUACCAAAGUCCAUGGAGAGCAAAUAUAGAGCUACAAAAAACUAUAGAGCCCAAUGCCAACCUGAGAGUUCAUAGUGUAGUGGAAAUAAACAAACAGAUUACAACUCAGCUUUCAGUUUAUAAAAUUAUUAAAAAUGGUAUGGGCGAAUUAACAGAUGAAGCUAAAAACGUCUUAAGGGCCGACUUGAAAUAUCUGGCUGCCAAAUGCCAGCUUGUGAAAAAGGACAAUGCACAUGGCGUUUUACUCUUCGAAGACAAUUUUGAUGACAACCAAAAGCUUACUGAUAAUUGGCAGCAUGAGGUAAGGUAUCGCAAUACGGGCGGGAAAAAUCAGGAGUUUGUUGCCUUUGUUGAUGACUCAAUGAACUCGAACAUAACGAACAACAAACUGCACAUAACCAUUACCAAGGCUGAGCGGGAAACGAUUCUCCAGGGUUGCACCAGCAAAAAGGAGGGUAUAGAAAAGAGAAAGGAAUGUGACAUUCUUCUGGUACCCACAAUUGGAACUCUGGACUGCGAUUUUGUUGAUCAUAUUCGCUUGUACGCAAGGGGCAAUGAAAUUCUGCAGGAUAAACAUCAAGCCGCUUUCGACGGAACUGCUCUGUUUGGAGGUCUUGUGGUUUGGAAUAAAACUGGAGGAGAAUCAAACCCAACCGAGCAUUUUAUAGCCAGGAAUGAAGUUCAAUAUUACGCUGACGCCUUUCACGACUAUUCUAUUAUCUGGCAGGAGGAUAAAAUUGCCUUUAAGGUCGAUGGGGAGUUUUUCGGAGCCAUAACCAAUGCAACGCUUCUUAAGGCAUUCAACAAACACGAGUGUCAUAUAGUCCUGGGCCUAACUGCUGGAGGAAAUGUUAAUUUCAAUGACGACGUCCUGGAGAUGAAACAGAAACCCUUUUCAAACACUCAUCCCAAAGCGGACAAACAAUUUGAGGAAUUGUCAAAUAACUCCAACUGGACGCCAUUGGUUGUAGAUUACAUCCGCGUCUACGCAAUUGACGAGAACAGGAAAUAAUCAUUCAUCAGUUUCGAACAUAAAAAAAAAUAUAUGUAUGUAUCUAACAUUUAUGUAUGUGAUAUGAUUAGAUCUAACUUUCAGACCCCAUUCAAGCUAAAGAAUUGGUCAUUAAGAGUUCCAAAUCUAAGCGCAAAUAUGAAAAGAUACUGAUAUACAUUUUUUGCGCUCUUAAUUAAUUCAACAAGUUUUUAAAUCUUUCACUUAUUUACAUUGGAAAUAAGAGUUGUUUGAUUUACUUUAAACUUAAUACAUAAAUAAAAAAUCGUUCCUGAGUGAUUUUAA